UUCAUGACUGCUGCAGGAGCAGGGAAAACCAGCCGGCCAUUUACAAUAUUCAAUCGAUAACUGCAAUCAGGUAAAUUAGAGAGAAAAGACUGGACUUCUUGUGGGUCCUGCUAGAUCAAGGAUUAUUCCUCCACAUCAGGGCGGUAUAAACAUGGAGCUUGAACUGAAGAACGUGUUUCUGAGAGCCGGUGAUCAGCUGAAAGUGAAAGGGAUGAUAGAACAUGACGCUGAAAGAUUCCAGAUUGACCUUGGCUGUGGCGCAGAUGACCUGGCGCUACACUUUAACCCCCGUUUCCAUGACGGCACAGAUGGAGCCGUACUGGUGUUGAACUCCAAGAAUGCCGGUUGCUGGGGUAACGAGAAAAGGGAAAUCCAAAACCCGUUGGAGAGGGGCUCUGAUGUUAAGAUUGUCUUGAAGCUGGCUGGAAACUCGUUUGACGUGGAGCUUCCUGAUGGACAGGAAGUGACUUUCCCCAACCGUGAAGACAUGGAUGUUAUCAGCUACGUCAGAGUCAGAGGAGACUUCAAACUUACCUGCUUGAAGAUCUGUUAGGAGGGGGAACUCUUUCACCCGUGCAUGCUGUUAUAAUA